UGUCUUUGGGAAGCACACGUCAGAAUAAAAAGGGCACACUUGAAUUGAAAUUCAAACAAUCAUCAGAGAUGAUAGAAACCGGCGAAGAUAAACGGAGCUCCGUCGAGGAAGGAGGAGGAGGUGGUCGUACGAUUCUUGUCGGCGUGAAGCUUGAUGCUCCGAGCAGAGAGUUACUCACUUGGGCUUUGGUUAAAGUCGCUGAGCCUGGUGAUACUGUGAUCGCUCUUCAUAUCCUUGGAAAUGAGAUUGUGGAUCGAGCAGGGAACUCUUCGCUUCUCUCUCUGGUCAAAACUUUCGACUCUGUUCUUGACGUUUAUGAAGGUUUCUGCAAUUUGAAACAGGUGGAUCUGAAGCUGAAGCUAUGUCGUGGUUCCUCUGCUCGAAAGAUUAUAGUUAGAGAAGCGAAAUCGUUUUCUGCAACUAAAGUUUUAGUUGGGAUUUCAAAAAGUCACCAUACGAUUCGUUCAUCAGCAUCUGUAGCUAAGUACAUAGCGAAGAAACUAUCAAAGGAUUGUUGGGUUAUUGCUGUAAACAAUGGUAAAAUCUUGUUCCAAAAAGAAGGUUCUCCAUCAUCUACCAUUAAUCAAUCUCAAGGAAAGGAAGAUGUUCGGAAGAUUACUUUGUUGAAUGUGCUUCAGAGAUCUGUUACAUUGAAUAAGACUACUAAAGUAGUUAGCCAUUCUGAGGAAGAUUCUAAGGAGGAUGAUGAGGAUCAAUCCGGUGGCCAGAAUCUACGGCAAGUCUUAGCGGCUGCUCGUUUGGAGAGUUGCUCGGUUUGUGGUUCGGAUUCUUUGUCUCCGAACAAGACAACAACUCCUGGAAAGUUGUCUGGAGCUUCAGAUUUUGAUAGGAGUGAAGAUGAUGAUGAGUGCAACAAAGCAAUGGAGAUUGUGCCUGUGAAUGGUCCAGAAGAUUCAGGCGGUUCUAUAACUAUGUUGGUUAGGAAAUUGCCUGAACCUAGACCAGGUUGGCCUUUGCUUCGUCGUGCUGUUUCUACAUUAGGACAAUCUGUUACUCCUCAUAGACCUUUGUCGAAACAGAUACCGGUAGUUCAAUGGGCUCUGAAGCUUCCUCCUAGGGAUACUAAGCAACUUGGUUAUGAUUCUUCUGAAGAUAAUUUGUCAAGCUUAAACGCAAUUGUUCCAUUUGGUAUCAACAAUAGUCCAAGAAAAUUGCCAGAGGAAUUAGAGGGACUUUAUGAGAGGUUCUCUUCAACUUGCCGGUUUUUCAAGUACAAGGAACUCGUUUCAGUGACAUCGAAUUUCUCCGCUGAUAAUUUUAUCGGGAAAGGUGGCAGCAGCCGGGUUUUUAGAGGUUGUUUGUCCAAUGGAAGAUUGGUUGCUGUGAAAAUUCUCAAGCAAACCGAAGAUGUCUUGAAUGAUUUCGUGGCUGAGAUUGAGAUCAUCACAACACUACACCAUAAGAACAUUAUCUCCCUCUUAGGAUUUUGCUUUGAAGACCACAAUCUAUUACUUGUAUACAAUUAUCUCUCAAGAGGAAGCCUCGAAGAGAACCUUCACGGAAAUAAGAAAGAUCCGCUUGCAUUUUGUUGGAGCGAGAGGUAUAAAGUGGCUGUGGGAGUAGCAGAGGCACUGGACUACCUGCAUAAUACUGCUUCACAACCCGUCAUCCACAGAGAUGUUAAGUCAUCAAACAUACUAUUAUCUGAUGAUUUUGAGCCACAGCUUUCUGAUUUUGGGCUUGCGAGGUGGGCAUCUAUAUCUACAACACACAUUAUCUGCUCUGAUGUCGCGGGAACUUUUGGAUACUUGGCUCCAGAAUACUUCAUGUAUGGUAAGGUGAACGAUAAGAUAGAUGUGUAUGCAUUCGGCGUUGUUCUCCUCGAGUUACUUUCGGGAAGAAAACCGAUUAGCAGCGGAUGUCCAAAGGGACAAGAGAGUCUAGUCAUGUGGGCCAAACCAAUUCUAGAUGAUGGAAAGUAUUCUCAGUUAUUAGACCCGAGUUUGCGGGAUAACAACAACAACAAUGAUGACCAAAUGCAGAGGAUGGCGUUAGCUGCUACUCUUUGUAUUCGACGUAGCCCUCAAGCUAGACCAAAAAUGAGCAUCGUAUUAAAGCUGCUUAAAGGUGAUGAAGACACGAUUGAGUGGGCAAUGCAACAAGUGAGUAGUUCAUCAGAGGAGUCAGAGAUGCUCAAAGAUGAGCAAUGCCAAAGAUCAAACUUGCAAUCACACCUUAACUUAGCACUUCUUGAUGUUGAAGAUGACUCAAUCUCCAUGGGAAGCAUCGAGCAAGGCGUCUCUGUUGAGGAUUAUCUAAAAGGCAGGACAAGCCGUUCUUCGAGCUUCGACUAAAAGCCCAUUUUUACUGAAACCAUUGUGUGUACAUAUCAAAGGGGGUUCUGUGGAAAUGGGUGGAUGGUGGAUUUGUGGGGGUUUCUUUUUAGCCCUCCUUGCUCACCUGUUUAGGAUUGUAAUUGUAGAUUUCAAUUGUUUGGGAUGUGUUUUGUAAUUUCCAGUAAGUCUUUUUUGGGGGGAAUACUUAUAGCAGUGGACCAGUGGUAAUAAAAACGAAAUGGAAAU